UACUCGAUGGACUUACAAGGAGUGAGGACUCCAAAAGGUGUAUUUAUGGAAAACGUUUUCCCUUUCGUUUUUUAUUUACAUGGGAAAAAUCUUUCGAAACUGAAAGUUGCUGCAAAAGCUUUUUUACCUCUCCCCUUGGGGCACACCCUGACGACAUUCUGACGAUAUUCUGGCCAAUCAGGGCCAAAGUGUUCAUCUGGGGGAUUCCCCCACUAAAUGCCUUUGCGAAUCGAAUGGGUCUGCUCUCUCCAGAUUGGCGCAUGUCAUUGUGAUCAUCUUCACGAGUAAAAGAAAUACUGCGAAAGAAAGAACUUUUAUCCUUAAUGGCUGAUAACGCUCAUCUUCGAAGAACUGACGUAGUUCAGCAAGAAAAUAAUGGCUUUGGACCACUUUCCAAGCGUCGCGGGAAUACUGCUACGGUAACUUCAGCUAUCGUGUUUGUGAUUAGCGGCGCGUUACUCUUGUUGGCAGUUCGAAAGGAAAAAGCAACGAGCGAAGGGAUUCACCUCCUUGUGUUUACAGCAGCCCUGCUUACGUUAAGUUUCGUUCUUGGAGAGCUUGUGCGAAGAUUCUGCCUGGUUUCUGAAGAGUUAAAACACAGGCACGCUAGAUAUCAAGGAAACUGGAAGGGGGUUCUUAAGACAACUUUCACCUUCGAUAAUGCCGGAAGUAUUUUAGUCGUUGCUAUCUCUUCCGCUCUGACAUUGUGUUUUGUGUUGUAUGAACAAUACGAAGCUUUCUCUGGUCCAGGUUACCUCAUCUUGUUUUUCCUGAACUGUCUCGUGGUUCCGCAGUUGUCGUUCCUUGUGGGCCUGCGUCAGCUGUCUCCUGUAGAGACGUCGGAUUUGAACGAAAAAGAAAACAAGAAUGUGGCCGAUGGGCUGGCUUGGAGCUAUUACUUUGGUUAUUUGAAGCUGGUGCUGCCAAAGCUUGGAGAUCGUAUCGCCGAAUCAGAUACAUAUCGUCAUAAGAUAACAGACGAAAAACUUUUCAUCUUACUUCCAAAAACGUGCUAUACAUUUGAUGCAAUAACUAAAGCAGAUCCCAGGGUAAAAUGGGCAGGUAAACUCCCCGCGAGUAAAAUUAACAGGGCUGGAAUUUUGGAGAGAAGUUACCAGCAUGCGGUACACCGCAUAGAGAUGCCCCUCCCAGAUGGAACAGUGGAAGAGUACCACUUCGUCUUGGAGUAUGCUACGCCUCUCAUGUCCCUGUAUGAAAUGUCAGAUCAUGCUAAGGCCCCUUUGACUGGUCCAGAGCGUGAUCAUCAGGUGGUGUUAUUCAUCCGAAAGCUGAAGGAAAUUCUGGAUGACUCAGAGGAAUGCAGAGGAAAGUAUGAAUUGGUACCAAUUUCAGGAAAUGACACAAACAAGAUUGCAGAUGUGCUCGUGGGAAUGCAUGGUGCAGCCAGCAUAGAUUUAGAAGACGAGACUGAUGAGCAAACUAAGCAAUAGAGUAGAAAUGUAACCAGCGGCAGAUCCAGAUCUUGAACCAAGGAUCUUGAUCUUGAGAUAAAGAUCUUGUGUGAACUUUGAGAGAGCCUUAAAUUAUUUGAUUAUGUAAACUUUGUGAAAUACUUUCAUUGAGAGCAGUGACAUACUCUUCUUCUGUUUAAGUAUUAAUUAACCCUAAAUUUACACCAUCAUAUCUGUAUGCAUAUUUCUCUAUUAAAUAUUUUCUUUGGUACUGAGAAGGAGAAUACACAUUCAAAUUUCUUAGUUUGGCCAUCAUUUCCUUUAUUCUCGUGGUCUUUAUAAUGAAUCAGAAUGAUUCAACAGUAUUACUAUAAAGAAAAAAUUAGAUACUGAUCACUCGUGGGAUUUAAAGAAAGUAAAAAUAAAACUUGCCACAAAGCA